AUGUUGGCAACUCAGCGACACAACUUUUCGGAUGUGUUAUCCACUCCGCGUCCUUUUAAUGGUAGCACGAUGAUGCAGAAGACAAAAGUAGGACAUAGAUUUGGUAAUUCCACCAAUUCACCUACUAGUCCAACUGCUGCAGGCAUCACCAUGACUCUUGGAAUUGUGUUCAAUGUAGUGGCGCUCAUCAUUCUUGCCAAAGCCUACACCCGCUUUAGGCGGAGGUCAAAGGCCACCUUUCUUCUUUUUGCUAGCUCUCUGGUGGCGACUGAUCUGGCCGGGCAUGUCAUCAAUGGAGCCUUGGUGCUAAGAAGAUACACAGCAGGAAUUGUGAACUUGACUGAUCCACUCUCUGACUUUUCAGGCAAUCUCAAAACUGAUCCAGAUGUCCCUUGUCUGUUUUUGGGAUGCUGCAUGGUGUUCUUCGGCCUGUCCCCCCUCUUCCUCGGCUGUGCUAUGGCCGCUGAGCGAUGCUUGGGUGUCUCCAGGCCUUUGCUACAUGCUCGUUUGGUCACGACAGCACGGACAAAGAUUGCACUAGCUCUCAUCUGGCUGUCGGCGUUGUCUGUGGCCCUGCUGCCGUUUUUCAGUUUAGGAGCCUACACUUAUCAGUACCCGGGUUCAUGGUGCUUUAUUAGGGUGAUGGAGGGAACUCAAAGCACAGAUUUAGUUUUUGUGACACUGUUCACCGGACUAGCAUUAAGCUCUCUGGCCAUCGCUUUUGUGUGUAACACCAUCAGUGGCCUAACCCUCAUGAGAGCAAGGUUAAAGAAGAAAUCCAGCUCCCAGCGCAGCUCGGCUAGGUCCCACGACACUGAGAUGGUGGUCCAGCUGGUUGGCAUCAUGGUCGCCUCGACCAUCUGCUGGAGCCCUCUCCUGGUCUUUGGACUCAUGUCAGCCACCCGGUCUUACAACAGAUCACUUGACCCAGACAGGAACACUUACAAGGAUUUAAUGGUAACUGGAGUCAGGAUGGCUACCUGUAACCAGAUCCUGGACCCAUGGGUGUACAUCUUGCUGCGGCGUGCAAUCCUCAAGAAAAUUUACAGGAUUACCAAAAGGCAAGCCAGCCUGAGGGGAAGUAUGCUUCGCUCUUUCCGCUGGGAUGUCAGCUCCUUUCAGAACUCAGAGAAAAAAAAUGUUAAAGUAUAA